AUGGCCGCCAUUUCCAUUUCUGAUAAAGUUUGGUACAUGGCUAUUCUUCUUUUAUGCAUUGUUGCUACUUUGAAUCGUGGUGUUGUAGGAGGUGAUGUUAAUGAUGAAGACGAUAAUUACUGCUCAUAUAGAAGUUGGCGAAGUUGUGGCAGCUUCUUUGGCAGAGGUGGUAAGAAUUACGGUGGUGCUGGAGGGGGAGGUGGAGGUGGAGGAGGAGGCGGAGGAGGAGGUGCCUCUGGUAAUGCUGUAGGACACGGAGAGGGGCAUGGUGCAGGAGGAGGUAGUGGCAGUGGUGGAAUGGGAGGAGGUGGUGGUGGAGGUGGUGAAGGUAGUGCUAGUGCUGGUGCUGGUGGUAUUGGGUCAGGUCACGGAGAAGGCUUUGGAGCUGGAGGUAGUGUGCAAGGUAUUGGUGGUGGUGGUGGAGGUGGAGAAGGUGGCGGAGGUGGCAGUAGUUCUGGUAGUUCUGGGGAAGGGUUUGGUCAUGGUAGUGGUUUUGGAGCAGGCAUAGGCGAAGGGGUGGGAGGUGGUAGUGGUGGUGGUGGUGGUGGUGGAGGGGGAGGGGGAGGUGGGGGUGGUAAAGGUUCUAAUGGAGGAUAUGGCCAUGGUAAUGGUUAUGGUGAAGGUGGUGGUGGUGGUGUUGGCAACGGAGGGGGCGUUGGUGGUGGUGGGGGAGGAGGAGGUGGAGGUGGAGGUGGAGGUGGGGCUAAUGGAGGGUCUGGUCAUGGUAGUGGAUAUGGUGCUGGUAUGGGAGUUGGGACUAGUGGAGGAGGUGGAGGAGGUGGCAAUGGUUAUGAUAGUUCUGGGGAAGGGUUUGGUUAUGGUAGUGGUUUUGGAGCAGGUGCAGGCAUAGAGGUGGGAGGUGGUGGUGGCGGUGGUGGUGGAGGUGGAGGUGGGGGUGGUGGAAGCUCUAAUGGAGGAUAUGGCAAUGGUAAUGGUUAUGGUGCUGGUGGUGGCAUUGGUAUAACAGGCAUUGGAGGGGGAGCUGGUGGUGGAGGAGGGGGGGGAGGAGGUGGUUCGAGUGGAGGUGGAGGCGGAGGUGGAAGUGGAGGAGGAGAAGGGGUGGGCUUCGGAGGGGGUUCAAAUGGUGAUAAGAAAGGAAUGAACAUGGGAUUUGGAAUGGGGAUGGGAAUGGGCAUUGGAUUUGGUUUUGGCAUGGGAACAGGCGGAGGUAAAGACUCAAAUAAUAAUAAUGGCCAUCCCUAA